CCUUGACGAAAUGAGCAAAUAUUUCCGUUAAUGGUAUGAAGUUGGAGUUGUUCUGCUUUGAUCUUUCUUCUUUGUUCUGUAGUGGAAUCUUAUGAAACAGAAGCGAUCUGGAAAUCGGAGGGAGAAGAGAGGGAGCGAUGGCUAGAGGAAAGAUUGAGAUCAAGAGGAUAGAGAACUCGACGAACAGGCAGGUCACCUACUCCAAGAGACGAAAUGGUAUCUUCAAGAAGGCCAGUGAGCUCACUGUUCUUUGCGAUGCUAAGGUUUCUAUCAUCAUGCUCUCCAGUACUGGAAAGCUCCAUGAAUACAUCAGUCCUUCCACUACAACGAAACAAAUAUUUGAUCAGUACCAGAACACUCUAGGAGUGGAUCUAUGGAGCUAUCACUAUGAGAGAAUGCAAGAAAACCUGAAGAAACUGAAAGAUGUGAACAAGAAUCUCAGGAAGGAGAUUAGGCAGAGGAUGGGUGAACAUUUGAGCGAUUUGAGCGUUGAGGAACUGCGAGAUCUUGAACAAGAGAUGGAGAGUUCUUUGAAGAUGGUUCGUGAUAGGAAGUACCAGGUGAUCAAUAAUCAGAUUGAAACUUUCAAGAAAAAGGUAAGGAAUGUGGAACAAAUACACAAAAAUCUCCUACAUGAAUUUGAUGCAAGGGACAGAGAUCAAUACUAUGGGCUAGUGGACAAUGGAGGGGAUUACGAAUCUGUUCUUGGAUUCUCAAAUGGAAGCUCUCCGGUAUUUGCCCUAAGCUUGCAGCCUAACCCGCCUAAUGAUCUUCACUCAGGUGUGGGCUCUGAUUUGACCUUUACUUUGCUCGAGUAGCAACUGAACCCACGCAUCAUUCCCAGGCAAACAAUCAUCGAGAUUUUAUUAGGAACGAUAGAACUGAUUAAUCAAACUGGUGUCAUCUAAUGGACAUGUUGAGUUUUUACCUCUUCGUCACCAUUAUUAUCGUCGCUCUUCUAGCUGUAACUUGAUAGCGGGAGGUUUCAUUGAACUUAUGUUCUUUUCAUCGUCGGUGUAAUGGUGUGAGAAUUUCGUGAAUGCUUCGUUCUUUCUGGAACCUGUUAGAUUCUGCAUUUAAUUUCUGGAAGCUUAAAUUGCUCCA